AGGUCCCAAGGGUGUGUGGACUAUGGAAGAAAAGGGCGAGUCACCUCACUUCGAUACCACAUUUGAAGAUGCCCGCCCCAGUUUGACUCACAUGGCCCUCCUGGGACUGCAACGGGCAGGAUACCUGAAAUACCUCAUCAGCCAGAAUGUCGACGGGCUGCAUGUUCGCUCAGGCUUCCCCAGGGAUAAACUAUCAGAGCUUCAUGGAAACAUGUUUGUGGAGGAAUGCGAGAAGUGUGGCAGGCAGUACGUGAGGGAGAAGGUGAUCGGUGUGAUGGGGCUGAAACCGACAGGACGUUACUGCGAGGUGGUGCGGUCCAGAGGGCUGAGGGCCUGCAGAGGAAAGCUGAUCAGCACCAUAYUGGAUUGGGAGGAUGCUCUGCCUGACAGAGACCUGAACAGAGCAGAUGAUGCAAGCAGACGAGCAGACCUGGCACUGACUCUGGGCACGUCCAUGCAGAUCAAACCCAGUGGGGACCUCCCACUCCUCACAAAGCGCAAAGGAGGGAAAGUGGUUAUAGUCAACUUGCAACCAACCAAACAUGACAAACACGCCCACCUGCGUAUCAACGGUUACGUGGACGAUGUCAUGAAGCAGCUGAUGGAGCUGCUGGGUUUAGACAUCCCAAAGUGGGAGGGACCCACCGUCUGCGAGAGCUCCACUUUCUCGCCCGAGACCACCGCUGACGCCAAGCCUCCUCGCGGCGUUUCUGCAAAGGACAAAAUGCAAAAGGACAAAAUCAAGGAGGAGAGGAAAAGGGAAGCAACGCAGCCGACGGAGGACGCCGGYGUGAAAGACGAGACGAUUUCAGUAAAGCGAGAGCGAGCAGAUUUUUCCGCGGAGACAGACGAAAAGGAAUAACCUCUGGAUAUUUUGUUGUUGUUGUUCCUCAGGACUCRUCAAAACCACAAACACAAACCCGUCCAGAGGCUUACUCAUGAGCUGAAAGUUUGAUCAACUUCAGAAAUAACAUAUAUUUUUUUUAAAACGAUGAAACCUUUCAGACACCAUCUGACUCAGGCUCUCAUAAAGCCUCACUAAUUCAUGCUUGUUUGGAAGCGUUUCUCCUAAUAGGAACACCGCUGAAAGCACACACGCUGAUGUAAAACGUUUCGGGGAAUAUUUUGUAUUUUGUACUUCAUCCAGCUCCGAGCCUCGUUUCUCCGGGAGAACAAGUCUUAACGGGACAGCACAACGAGACGAGAUCUGGAGCAUGUCGUUGUAGAUAAAGUUUUUAAUAAGGUGUGUAAGUUUGCUGCACCUUAUUAAUAUUUAUAGCAUGCGCUCCAGAUCUUGUCCCUGCAGAUCUCGCCUUUUAAGUCUCCUUGGUUUGAUACAUUAUGAAAAGGAAUAUCAAGUGAGCUGCUUCUUCAAGUCUGGCUGACUAGUAGCUGCAGUGCAAACAUGCAGUGGGGGCGCGAGGUGAGGCGAGGCGGGYUGGGGAUUUUAGGUCAUGUCGGAUUUUCGAACCAUGAUUGAAUCGUAAUCAUGCUGUGUGUGUUUCUAGGAACGAGGUCUUGGAGGUCGAACUCUCGAAGACGAUGUUACUUUAAAGAUUGAUUGUUGUUUUUACACUCUUGGCUGUAUACCUGUAAAAACAUUUAGGGAGUAAAAAUCAGAAACUUUGCGUAAAAACCGCCUCAUCUCUUGUGUACCGUCUCGGUCAGUUUAGCGAGAGACGGAACUCGCUCUCUCUCAUCUGAAAUUGUUUUUCAGGUAAAAAAUAAAAUGGAUUCAAACUUCUCCAGACUUACUUCCUGCUCCAGGGAUAAUUUAUUGACAACUUUUCCAUCUUCGAUUGAAAUGUAAAUUAUUAAAUUAUCUCUGCAGCAAGGAGUCUGUGCAGCCAUUUAUCUACCGCAAUUUGAAAGAAAUUGAGACUCUGUGUUGCUCUUUGUAUACGUCUCCUAAAAACCCAGAGGCCCGUAUCUUCCCUCACUGUGCUGGAAAUCUAUAAUAAUCAAACCUAUUAGAGAGAUUGGAGACUACCAUCACUUUUUUUUAUUAUUUCAUCCUAUAUUUCUUUUCUUAUUUAAUCCUUUCAGGGUUGUAAUUGAACUGCUGCCUAUCUUCAGUAGUCGAUCAAACGGUGUUUUCAGGUUUGUAAGCGUCUCCUUUUUCCCUCCAAACGUAUCMAUGGCCUUUAUGGUCAAACGGUUAAAUUAGAGUUUUGUCUGACCACGCCUKUGCAUUUGUAAACCGUAAUCUAGCUUUUUGCGUAUUUUUAGUGGUGUACAUUCUGAGCAUCGACUUCCCAUGAUUAUCUUCACUUUUCAGCUCUGUGGGAAUCACAUURCUGACAAUCGUCUGUGUGGUGAAGCGAGCCAACAUUUCUAUGUUUUUGCGGAUUUUUCUCACAAAGUGAAACAAAGACGGAUUUCCGGUCACAAAGUUCCCCAAGAUCUGAUUUUGAAUUGUUUUUUGUUUGUUGUUUUGCUAAAUUGCUCAUUGAAGACACAAAACUGGCUCAUCCUUUGGGUUUCAGCACCUUUUUUUAUUCAUAAUGCUCAAAGAAAAACAAUGUAUCUUCAGAAAGCCUGAAGAGUUACCACCAGGACCACUUUGAACAAUAACUGGAAAAUUUGACUCCUUACAAACUAGUAAUUAGACCAACUUAAACUUUUGCACAGUAAUACCUGAUUACAGAUAACAUUUGCUGAAAGCCAAAUGUGGAUUUUGAACUACGAGGACAGUUUUAUUUUUAUACUAUACAUUUUCUCUUUCCUUCUGGACUUGUUCUUUACACUCUGGGACGCUGAGACUCUUGUUCUUUUGGGUUUUUCUUAAGCAAAUUGUUCUUAGAAAAGCCAUUUCUUUGACGUUUACUCAUUCAGGUCUCUGGUGCUCAGUGUUGGUUGCUAUGACCAUGAUGAUAAAAACUUUGUGACCCUUUGACUUCAGUAUGUCAAAGGUUUCCCCCUGUUCAGAAAAUAACCUCAGCCUCAUUUCUGCUUGAAGGAACUUCAGCCCAUUCAGCCGUACAGGACAGAUUAAACUUGUUCGGUUUCCUCGCUCGAG